AUUAUGCAUAAAUUAGUACUCCAAGCCCACGCAUUUCUGUGGGGAUAACUAGGUACAUAUCAAUCUCAAUAUGGAUUGAGAUGAACCUGCAAGAUUACACGACCAUUUUAUAAGACAAUGGUAAAUAAACAAAUCCAUGUUCAUUAUGAUAAAACCCACCCAACAAACCCCCCCUUUGGAACUUUGGAAUUUUGAAGCAAAGGUCGAAAUAUACUUCAACAUUACCUGCCUCCAUUCACUAAUUACAUCUUUAAUUUCCAUGAAGGAAGUUUUAGGAAGGAGCCCGAGACCUUUCUUCCCCUAGAGUUCAAGUACGAACGAGCGGCGGACGGACUACCGAUUACGAGAACGAAAGAAAGCUUGGAUAUACACGAGAAGGGAACUGCUCCCCUCGUACAACAUUACAACAAACUCGCAGCUACUUUUGGAGGGCCGGAUGGUCGAACUAGAACGCCUGCAAUUCGCAGACAAUUUGAGAAUAUAAAAUGGCACCUUGGUCUAGUCGCCUACUUAAUUCCAGCUCGCGGGUAGAAUCUGGCUCAAGCAUUGCUACCGUCGCUCCAGCGCCAGAAUCGCCGAACAAAAAUCGGGGGAGAGCUAGGGUUACGGAGGCAGAUAUCUUGGAUAAUGCUUAUGGUAUUCCGACUUUAACGACGGCUGCUCAGCAUGGUCGACCAGGCCCCUCGAGUUCUAAUACUUCGAGUUCGUCAAAACCGACGUCGAGCCAUGGGAGAUCUAUGAGCCAUCCUUUUCCAUCGUUAUUCAGUAGUAAGAAGAAGGCGACUGCGCUGCAACCGCCAGACGUUGGAUUUUUUGAUGAUGACGAUAUAUCGCCAGAGAAGAAUACUGGGGCUAGGUCUUCGAGGGUGCCAGAUAAGGAUUUCUUGACGGGAAAGUGCAUGACUUGCAAUUCGAACGUGAGUUGGCCGAAGGAAAUCCAGGCAUUUAGAUGCAAAGUUUGUACGACUGUGAAUGAUCUUCAGCCAUACACACCUACCCCCAUCGAUGGGCGCAAAAUGUCUGGGCCUGGUAAAUCUACGACUUAUUCCGGGUUGAACAAACCUCAAGUUUCUAGAGGUACGCGAUUAGUGAGAUGGCUUUUUUGUAGGUCUCAUGUCUGACUUUUACAGUUGCGCCAUUGUCUGUUGAAAAGACUCGGAGACUUGCUGAAAGAUGUGUAACUACCUACCUGAUCAAUCGACUAAAGCACGACGAAGCUGAUACCUCGAAUACGUUGUCAAGUUCGCCAAGAUCCCCUACAUGUGAAACAACAGAAUUCCCCCAAGAAUAUGAGCACCCCAGGCAUUUUACAAAUCAACCUGGUUCGCAAGCAGUUCCAAUCAGACGCCCUCCCCCAGGCUACGGAAACGGCCCUGGGGACCGCCCUAGCAUGGACAGUGACAAACGGCCAGGCUCACGCUCAAUUCCAUACUCAACUUCAUCCCCUGGAAGCUUUCUCGGUUCGCAUAUGGAAAAACAUGGUCGAAUGGGCUCUGGUACCUACACUAAACCAUUGGCUAUUCAACCACCAAGUAGAAGUCCUCCAAACCCGCCAGGCAAAUUUGACGAAACUUUGCACGGAAGACAAGAUAACGUGGCCAAAAAUCUAUUUAGGCCUUUAGAAGAAUAUAUUAUAGCAUCAUUUAGCCAAUUUGAUUGUAUCAAUACUUCAUUCAGUACUAUUCGUCAAAAUCCCAAUCCCAGGGCAGGAAGUCAGAGCAAUUUAAAGACUUUUAUGGCCACUAUCCCGGACGAGAAUGAUCCACAAUCAGAAACUCCUUUGGAAGAACUCGAUCCCAGAAUGUUAAUGCUGGGAGAUAUAGCAGAGAAUGGUUCUUGGUGGACUGGGAACCAGAAAGAAACACCCGAGAAGAACCGUUCUCAACGGUCUGGAGACACAAUACGUACGAAUCCUCACUGUGAUUUAACUACAGUUAAAUCGCCGCGUAUCGACUGGCCUGACCUCAAUGAAUGGUAUCAUGUCGUGUCGAAUCCGGGAAGGAUUUGGCAUCGCAAAUUGGAGGAAUUGACAUCACGUCGACCCAGCCCGGUCGUACAAGCGCCCGCUGUUGGAGAGCUUGCCGAGAUUGAGGAAACAAUCACCGAAGCCCAAUCACAUCUUCAAAGGACGUUAUUGAAAGCUACGGAGGGACUAUUGAAACGUCCGGGACGUCCUCUGAAAGAACCUGAUGAUCUCCGAUUUCUUUUGAUUAUCCUAGCCAAUCCCCUUCUGUACCCUGGAAAUGGUACGCCUUCGAGACAUGCAGGAUCGAGAGUGCUACCAAAUGAGCAGAGGCCAGAAGCUAGUGAUCUCAAUGUUCCUAAAACUAGAGGACAGCCGCCUUCUUCUAGGCCACCGUCGAAUGCAACAAAAGGAGCCUCUGGUCAACAUUCGGGAAUCAUCAAACGCAUUGUGGGAUUACUUUCAAACACCCCGAAUGAAUGUCAUCAUCAUAUAGUUUCAUGGUUCGCUAGGUAUCCGGAAGGUCACUUUCAGCGAACCACAGAAUUGGUUGGCAGCUUUGUCACUUACAGGCUUACUCGGCAGCAUGGGAAGCCUCGUGAGGUUGAUAAACCUGAUCUUACUUCUGGCUUGGUUCCCCAGAUUAGUACCAGUGCAUCCCAUAAUAAUGUAGCAGCUUUUCAUGCGGCUCUUCAAGCUGGGCAGAGUACCAAUAAGAAAAAGGAUACGAAGCCGAAACCUGUUGUAUACAGUGAUGAUUGGCAGAUCAAGGCAGCUGCUAGGGUGAUGGCACUUCUCUUCUCGGCUAAUAAUAGUGGGUUACACAAGAAAGGGAAACUACUGAGUAGCGUUCAAUCGCCAAGCGAGUAUUUGUCGAAAAGUACGGAGCCUAGUAUGGGAACUCCCAUCAGGGCUCUGGCUGCCCAUGGACAGAUGCUGCCGACUAGCCACUUUUACAAUACCUUACUUGAUUAUUCCGAUCUGGUUGCUGAUUUUGAGGCUUGGGAAAGUAAGCGUAGCAAAUUUGCUUUUUGCCAGUAUCCAUUCUUUCUUAGCAUUUGGGCAAAGAUUCAGAUCAUGGAGCAUGAUGCUCGUCGUCAAAUGGAAGUGAAGGCGAGAGAAGCAUUCUUUAAUAGUAUCAUGACACGUAAGAAUGUCAAUCAGUAUCUUCUUUUGAAAGUCAGACGAGAGUGCUUGGUAGAAGAUAGCUUAAAGGGGGUUAGUGAGGUUGUGGGAACUGGUGGUGAAGAAAUCAAAAAGGGGUUGAGAAUAGAGUUUAAGGGCGAAGAGGGUAUUGAUGCUGGUGGCUUGAGGAAAGAAUGGUUUCUUCUGCUUGUAAGGGACGUUUUCAACCCCGAUCAUGGUAUGCCCCCUCUUUGAUGCGGUUCAGAAAUGUAAUUAAUCAUAAGCAGGCAUGUUCUCGUACGACGAGGACUCUCAUUUUUGCUACUUCAACCCUAAUAGCUUUGAGACGACCGAUCAGUACUUCCUUGUCGGAGUGGUGCUUGGCUUGGCCAUCUAUAAUUCAACAAUUCUCGAUGUGGCGCUACCGCCUUUCGCUUUUCGAAAAUUGCUCGCUGCCGCUCCGGCUGCAGCUCCCGGUGCAACAUCACAUGCGAAACCCUCUAUGACAUAUUCUCUUGAAGAUUUAGCCGAGUUCCGACCAGCUCUAGCUCAUGGUCUGAGGCAACUGCUCGAGUUUGAUGGAGAUGUCGAGGCAACGUUCUGUCGGGAUUUUGUAGCAGAUGUCGAUCGAUAUGGACAAACAAUACAGGUGCCCCUUUGCCCUGACGGUGACAAGAAACCGGUGACGAACUCUAACCGAAGAGAGUUUGUAGAUCUUUAUGUCCGGUACCUUUUAGACAAUGCCGUAGCUCGACAAUUCGAGCCUUUCAAACGUGGAUUCUUCACCGUCUGUGGAGGAAACGCAUUAUCACUCUUCCGGCCCGAAGAAAUCGAACUUUUGAUCAGAGGUUCCGACGAGCCUCUGGAUAUUACUUCUCUCCGCGCAGUGUCCGUGUGUGAGAAUUGGGGCGCACCAAAUGCUGCAGAACGCGAACCAGUGAUUCAGUGGUUUUGGGAAUCCUUCCAGAAAGCAGAUCCGAAGGAUCAAAGAAAACUUUUGAGCUUUGUUACAGGCAGUUCUUGUAUUCCAGCCAUGGGCGCAACGAGUUUGGUUAUUAAGUUGAGUUGUCUGGGGGAUGAUAGCGAAAGGUUCCCCGUGGCGAGAACGUGCUUUAAUAUGUUGAGUUUGUGGAGAUAUGCGUCUAGAGAGAAGCUGGAAGGGAGACUUUGGAGAGCGGUACAUGAGAGUGAGGGCUUUGGGCUGAAAUAGAGGUUAGGAUGACAUGGAAGAUGAAGUGGUAUGUGUUGAUGGGGCCAUUGAUCAAGAUAGAAAGAGAAAGGAAGCAUUUUAGAUAGAGUGCCGGUGAUAUUUAUGUUUGGUGGAGACGGCGUCUUUAUUUUGUAUUCAGUGGAGCGCUAAGGGUUUUGGUGUUGGUAUUGGCGUUGCAUCUUGAUUGUCUUAUGGGAAGUGGACAAUUGAGGGCGUGCACGAGCUUCUUGGAAUUGGGCUGAAUUGGACCAGAUGCAGAGAUCGCAUACCUUUUACAUAAGAAGCAGAGUCAUUCACCGGAAUUAGAUG